CCUGCAUGCACGUGCAAUAUCGGCAGAUGAAUAAACUGCAUUUAGUUUAUGUAUAUGACUCACCAGCAUCUCAUCCAGAAGUUCGUAGAUGAGCGCGAAGUUCAUCUGCACCGUCUUCUCCGACAGAGCGCCACAGUAAUCUUUGAUGAGAGCAGCCAACCUGCCAACGAACGCACACCUUCAUUCCCUGUGCGCGUUGGGAACCCAUGGUUGCCAUGGUCAUGCACUGCACCUGUUGAGGAAGUCGAUGACGGCGAAGGGAGAAGAGUCUGCUGCGGUGGUGGUGGCGACCAGUUAACCGAGAUAGUACCCACCUAGCUCCAAGGUGAUGAAGAGGAUGACACUAGCAGGUGGCAGGAGGCGCGAACUUUAACCCGGAAGUCAUCUGUCUGCAAUGCCGAGAACCCCCAACUUCCCUUACAAUGAAUCCACUGACCAAAAUAAAGCUGAUCAAUGAGCUCAAUGAGCGGGAAGCUAACCUGGGGAUCAAUGAGAAGGCUUCUUGGCACAGCGAGUACAAGGACAGCGCCUGGGUAUUUAUAGGAGGUUUCCCGUACGAACUGAGCGAAGGCGACGUCAUCUGCGUCUUCUCGCAAUAUGGUGAGAUCGUCAACAUCAAUCUGGUGCGAGACAAGAAGACGGGCAAAUCCAAAGGCUUCUGCUUCCUGUGCUACGAGGACCAGAGGAGCACCAUCUUGGCGGUGGACAACUUAAACGGCAUCAAGAUCAAAGGUCGCACCAUCCGUGUGGACCACGUCCGGGACUAUCGCCCGCCCAAAGACCACGAAGACAUUGAUGACGUGACGCGGCAACUCAGGGAGCAAGGAUGCGCUCCCUCCAUCAACCACGACCCGCCUUCCUCCCCGUCACCUGAGGAAGUCAUCAUCCCAACCAAGAAGAGUAAGAAAGAUAAGAAAGAGAAGAAGAAGGAGAAAAAGAAAAAGAAGAAAGCUAGCCGAGAAUCGUCAUCAUCAUCAUCAUCAUCCUCUGCUUCUCCUCCUCCUGUUGCUGCCAUUCGAGUGAAAGAGGAGAAGGAGGACAGCGUCUAUGACAAGUACAACCACAGGAGGGCGCCAGUCAAGGAGGACAGGGGAAAUGGAGAGAAGAGGCGAGAAGAUGACGAGAGAAGAAAAGGAAACGAGGAAAAAAGGAGACGAGGGGAUGACGAAGAGAGAAGGCGAGGAGACGACGAGAGGAGACGAGGAGACGACGAGAGGAGACGACAACACGAGGAGAGAAGAUGGCGAGACGACGAGAGGUAUAGAAGGUGACCGUGGUGGAUUUCCGGAAUCUUCUCGUUCAUUGUACCGACUGUUUGGGCUUAUAAAUUGUCUGUUUAUUUGAUGUUUAAAUGAUUAAACUUGUGAUGACCAAG